UCAGUAAAAUUAAAAAGACAUUAUCUUAUUCGGCCAAGAGUCACGAUAAUUAUUAAUUUUUAAUUUUGACUUACAAUUUCUAAACUUUUUCGAUUUUUUUAUGAUAUUCUAUUUCAGAAAAUGAUUUUUCAUAAAAUGUUAAAGUUUACGACAAACCAAUUGUCUUGUACUGCUCUACCACAAGUCAAUAAUGUUCGAGGCAUUAAGAAUUUUAAACCUCCAAUUCUAUAUGAUCAUAUUCAGAUUCCAGAAAGGCCUAAACUCCAUUAUAUUGACAGGGUACCAAAUUAUAGUAAUUCUCAAUUGAGACCUCCAAAAAUGCAUAAAAUGUUGGGUUUGAUGAGAGGACCUGAAACAGUUCACAACAAACUUAUACAUAAACAGUAUGGUAUACAGGCAACUGGUGGAGGCCGAAUGAGGUUUAUACACUUUGAAGUUAUUCGUAUGGGCUUACUUAGAAAAUUAGACUGGUCCAGGAUGUUUGCUAUUUGGAGAAUUGAUUCACCAUGGCAAGCUGUCACUAAAAAGGGCCAAGGGCAGAGAAUGGGUGGUGGCAAAGGUAGCAUAGAUCAUUAUGUAACUCCAAUCAGAACAGGCAGAAUUAUUAUUGAAAUCGCAGGUCAUUGUGAAUAUCUAGAGGUAAAAGAUAUUUUAAGUAAAAUAUCUGCUAAACUUCCAUUUAAAGCCAAAGCUGUUAGUCAAGAAAUUUUAGAGUUGGAUUCAGCCAAAGAACAAUGGCAAAUUGAAAAUAAUCAGAAUAAAUAUACAUUGGAGUAUUUAAUUAAAAACAACAUGGAUGAUUUACAGCGAAAAGUUAAAAAAAUUGAUCAUAGAUUUUUUGGAAAAUAUGUAUAAGAUAAAAUGUGUUAUAAUAAGUCUAGAUAGUUGAAACUUAAAUAUAUAAUUUUUUUUUUUUUUUUGUGAAAAUAAAAUAAUUUGUACUAAAA